CCCUCUGCCGCACCAGCCCCGCUUGCCAGACAGCUUAAAUCUGCCCUGCCUCAGCCCUGAGGAUCGAGACCCAGAGUCUCAGCACCAUGAAGUCGGCUGGCAUUGUGCUCCUUGCGGCCCUGCUCUCGCUGUGGGCCGAGCUGCCCGCUGCGUCCCGGGGAGACAGGUCGACUGCAGCACCUGUUAAGGCCGGUUACUGCUCCAAGGUGGCCCCGGUGGGGGGGGUGUUUGAUGGGAAGAACUGUAGUGUCUGCCUGGAGAACAACACCUGCUCCACUUGCUGCACCGAUGGCGACUGCCCCAGGGGCGACAAGUGCUGCCCGGACGAGUGUGGCUACACCUGCCAGAUGGCAGUGACAGAUCUCUGCCACCUGCCCUCGGUGUGCGGCUAUUGCAAGGCCAGGUUCCCUCGCUUCUUCUACAACUGGUCCAGCCAGGCCUGCGAGGAGUUUGUGUACGGCGGCUGCGGCGGCAACAGGAACAACUUUGAGACAAAGGAGGAAUGUCUGCGGGCCUGCAGGCCGCCCGGCACUGCCUAGCCCUGGCCAGCGUGGGGGAGCCGAAGAGGAAGCUGCUGUUCCUGGCUGGUGCCUGUCUUCCCGGGCACAAUUCCUGUCCCUUUCUGAGGGAAACAACUCCCUGCCUGGGAAGCCCGGACCUUUGCUCCCCCAGACCCUCUGCAGCAGGGUUUGGCUGGAGGCGGUUGCAUUGUCUCCCAGGUGCAGAGCCAGCUCCCGCGGCCCCCGAGCUGGCCCAGCCCCGCUGCCGUUCUGUAGCCAUGGACGUGUGUGUUGCGUGUUAACACUCAGCACGGAGCGCGGCGCUGGCAGGCAGGGGCUGCUAUCAGCCAAACGCCCCUUUCCCUGGGACCUCGUGAGGGUCUGAGGGGUUAAAUACAAGGACUGACCCUUUUCAAACAGAAGUAGGUCUUGUCACUCGUGCCCUUAGGAGAGGAGGGAGCUGUGCACACAACUCUGGCUGGAGUGCAGACUCUGCCCCUGCUUCCCUAUUGGAGGGGGUGGGGGCAUUUGGGACUCCAGGGCACAUUGGGUAGUGGGAGUGCACAGCCCUGGCAUAUGGGCAGCAGGGUCCCCUGCCAAGGCCCCAGUGUGUGACAGGCCAAGCAUGAUCCCCUUCCUCCCAGCCUGCUGCUCUGUGCCCUUCGCUACCGUGACUCUUGUGCCAGCAUGUGUUCUCCUUGAAGCCCCAGCUCCUGGAGUCAGGGGAGCACGAGAAUCUCAGCUUCAUUUAAAACAACGGCUGUGCAGAAAAGCCUGAAAACGUAGCCCCAUGAGCAACAGCCCCAGCCGACAAAGAAUGAGACCCAGCACUUCCUACUUUAGACAGUCUCAUGAGUUUUUAGUUCUUUUAACUGGCGAUGCUACCACUCUUCCGUCUCAACCUUCGUGUCAGACCCACCCAUUUCGAUCUGCUGGGCCUGCCCUGUUCAGACACCCACCCAGCUACAGGGAGAGGCAACGUGGGUAGGAUAAGGCACUGGGCUGGCAGCCAGGAGACUUGGGUUCUAACCUCUGCACUGCAACUCUGGGCAGGUCUCUGUGCUUCUGUUUCCCUGCCACCCCGUCUUGCCUGGCUGGAGCGUGAGCUCUCUGCAUCAGGGGCUGUCUCGUAUGCGUUUGCACAGCAUCCAGCACAAGGGCCCUGAUCCCGGGGAAGCCUUCGCCUACCACUAGAAUAAAAAUAAACUGUCAUCACCCCGUCCCCUCCGGGUGGGGUCUGGUGCUUCUUCACCGAAAUAGCGCUAGCAAGUAUUUCUCAAGGUGCAGGGGCAUUAUCACCCCAGAACGCUCAGGUCCAGCAGAAAAACUCUCCCUGAAAUAGGGUACAUAGGGAAUCUUAUAGCAGCAAACAGACACGGACAAACUCACAGCUCGCGAAGACAAGACAAGACUAGACUGUCCCUACCCCACCAAACUGGUAUUUGGGCUCAGGAGAUGAAUUUAAAGGCUCUGGCUCCACCCCCCGGAGAGUCCACUCAGGCAGGUUGGUGGAACCAGCUUGCCAGCCAAUGGAAAUGGGAAAACCAAAUCAACCCCCUCAGGUUGCAGAUCUGUUCUGCUUCAACCCACAAAGAAUCCAGUCCGUUCUGGGCCUGGCCUCUCUCAUUAGCAGGGCAGACAGCUAUGCACACAAAGACAGAGCUCCCCUUCUGGACCCAAAUGGACUCUUCUGCCCUGUGAUUGGUGAGGCCAGAGAAACAAACCCUAUAAAUACUGGUGAGUCCUCCCCUUCCCCUUACUGCUGGGGCUUGUUGCUGUCUGGGAAGAGCUGCUUUCCAAGCCUGGCUCCCUUGACUGAUGCUAGGCUGUGCUUGGGGCUUCCAAGACUGGGUUUGGCAGCUCUGGGGGAUUUACUUGCAGGGACUGAGGCCUCAGCUAAGGGCUCAGUAGAACUAGGUGGUUCAAACAUAUGGGCUAAAGUGAGGUCUCUGCUGAGAGCUUUAGAAGGGGCUUGGGAACAUAUGGAAAUUACUCAUGCCUGCAGUUUGGGUUCUGCACAGGACCUCCACAUCAGCUGUGCCAUUCUGUGCCUGGCCUGAAAUGUGUCCCCAGCUCUGUCCCUUUGCUGAUCUCCCUGCCUGUUGCCCCUUUCAGGGCUUGCUCCAAGGCUGGAGCUGAGCUCACCUGCUA